AACCCAUUGUAGUCUAUUCUGUUUUAUCAAUCACUCUAGCACACAUCAUUUUUCCCUCCCUUCUGGUAAUUUAUUAUUGCUUUUGCAAGGCUUUCGAUUUUGGCUGCCAGACAUUGCUAUGGAGGCCCAACACAUGGAUGCAUUUUUCGAGGGCGAUGAAGAUGAACGCAGUAAUGAGGAUUAUAGUGUACUCUACUACUUCACCAAGUUGUACGAUCUUUUCAGCGGCCUAAUAUUCAUGACCACCUAUGUGGAGCGCUGCGAGAGCGAAUACUUUUCGGGAUUUAGCAACGUGCAGCUUGUGGCAGCGUUCCAGGGCGAUCAGCAGGCGGAAAGGUUCCGCUGGCUCCACCUGUCGCUCAUCUUUCGCGCUUCCAGAUCCCCGUUUUUUGGCUGAAGAAGCUGCCUCAUCGUGUCACAGCCAAAUUGAAAUUCCAUUCGAUUUUUGUACGGAGUUGCUGGUCCAUCUCGUUUUAUUUUUCGCUCUGGAAUUCACUUCUUAACCCCCCAAAAGUCCACAAAUGCCGUUCUUUUUUGGCGACUGUGUAUGUGUGUGACAUUUUGGCAGCAGUUCAACGGAAAAACGUUUGGCAGCACGGCCAGAAAAUGAUAAGCCUGGGCAGCGGAAAAAAAAAGAAACGAGGGAAACAAGCAAGGAAACUGUUCACUGAGUUAAAUAAAAAUUGAAAAAAGUGUAA